AAGUGAAAUGAAACCCCAUCAUCACAAAGAGCCAUCGCUAUCAAAAUUAUACAAAUAAUCUUCCAAUAUAUUUUCCCCCAUAAUCUGAAUUCUGAUCGAACACGACGAACAACACAAGCAACAAAAUCCAAUCUUUCUGUCUAAAUUCAAUAUACUACAACCUUGCAACUUGUCCCUGUUCUGUGUCUUGUUUCCCUUUCACUUUGAUUUGGUCAAAUUGUUCCAUUCAAGUUUGAUUGAGGACACCCCACCUAAAAAAAAUGCAUACUUGGACAGGUUUCUUCGUGUAGCUUCUGCAGAUUCCUUGGUUUCGUUGCAGAUCCUAUUCUCUUUUCAUUCCUUCAGGUUUGGGGUUGAAAGUGUGUUGAAUGGGAAUUCAGAUGAUGGGUUCUCAAAGUAAUGGGCAGCAGUCUCAUUUACAAUCUUCUCAAUUAGCUAAGCAAAACUCGUGGUAUAAUCUCACUCUUGAUGAGGUUAAAAGCCUCCUUGGAGAUAUGGGGAAGCCGUUGGGGAGCAUGAACCUCGACGAGCUUCUUCAUAAUGUAUGGACUGCUGAAGCAACUAAGGGUGUAGGGAUAGAGGAUGAGCAUGUGUCGUCAUCGUCUUCUCUCCAACACCAGGCUAGUAUGACCUUGGCCCGUGCUUUAAGUGGGAAGACGGUUGACGAUGUAUGGAGAGAAAUCCAACAGGGCCAGAAGAAACGAUACGGGGGUGAUGUGAAAAUUGAGGAUAGAGAUAUGAAUCUCGGGGAUACAACCUUAGAAGACUUUUUAGUGCAAGCAGGGCUUUUCGCUGAAGCUUCUAUUAGUCCAAAUGUGGGGUUGGAUACAAUGUAUGCCACCACCCCUCAAAGUUUUCAACAAAAUUCAGGCUUGUCACCCUCUCCUUCAAUUGGCAGCUUAUCAGACUCAAAACCAGGUCGAAAAAGGGAUGGUCCGGAUGCAUAUGAGAAGGCUCUGGAAAGGAGGCUGAGGAGGAAAAUCAAGAACCGGGAAUCAGCUGCGCGCUCACGUGCUAGAAAACAGGCUUACCAUAAUGAACUGGUUAGCAAGGUCACUCGACUGGAACAAGACAAUAUAAAGCUCAAGAAAGAGAAGGACUUUGAGCAGAGUCUACCACCUGAACCAUCACGUGGACCAAGAUAUCAGCUUAGAAGAAUAAGUUCUGCCCUUUUCUGACAUAUGACCUCCAUUGAAUUUCCUCUGUUCUUGGAUAUGUGGAAGUGUCAUGGAUCAAAAUUGCAUUACUUCAUUAUGCAGUGUUGCUGCCCCUGGUGUGCUUUUGCUCCCGUAGAAGCUCCUUUAAUCUAUCUCUUAUAGUUUACUAACUAAAGGGUACAUAUUAGAAGGUUUGAUUUUUAUAAGCUUCAACUUUUCUUUGUUGGGAGACGAUAUCAGAAAAGAUUUGAGUAUUGUGGUUAAAGGGUUGCCUUUUUUUGUUGGAGAAUUAAGAUUAUCCUUGUUGUGCAAUCAAUUUCUUGAAAGGUGACUAACUUCCAAAGCAACUAGCAUGUUUGGGUUCACGCUCAUAUCUUCCAGAAUCAAUUCUAGUACUACAAAAGCUACUAGGGGUAGCUUCCCUUAGAAUCAGUUCUCAUUCCAAUGUGAAAAUUCACCGUGUAUCCAAACAUGCACACUCAAACUAGGUAGGUCUUAUUUAUUAGCAUUCUGAAACUGCAGGAUUGUAAUAGACUUGGACUUAACUACUAUAAUUCAGUAAUGGAAAAUUGGUGUGCUUUGUAGA